AUGGACUAUACUUUCUAUCUAUCUAUCUAUCUAUCUAUCUAUCUAUCUAUCUAUCUAUCUAUCUAUCUAUCUACUUUAUCCUUUCCGUACCUAAUUAUGCAUCUUAAUCUUGUCAUAUCUAUCUCAUUCUCUUCAUAUUUAUGUUUAUACAUAUCUAUCUAUCUAUCUAUCUAUCUAUCUAUCUAUCUAUCUAUCUAUCUAUCUACUUUAUUCUUUCCGUACCUAAUUAUGCAUCUUAAUCUUGUCAUAUCUAUCUCAUUCUCUUCAUAUUUAUGUUUAUACAUAUCUAUCUAUCUAUCUAUCUAUCUAUCUAUCUAUCUAUCUAUCUAUCUAUUCUUAUUUCACUUGAUCUAUUUAGCAAUUUCAGACUGUUUCUAUCUACUGCUGUUUGAAUCUAUCUAUCUAUCUAUCUAUCUAUCUAUCUAUCUAUCUAUCUAUCUCACUAUUUUUUCUUUUUUUCUUUCUUUCUUUCUUUCUUUCUUUCUAUCUAUCUCUCUAUAUAUCUUUUUAUCCUCCUCCUCUUCACCCUCCUCCCCCUCUCUUCCUUCUUCUUCUUCUUUCUUUCUUUCUUUUAUUCCUUCUCCUUUUCCUGUUCCUCCAACCAUUACAGUUUCAUCCUCCUCCUCUUCACCCUCCUCCUCCUCUUCCUUCUUCUUCUUCUUCUUCUUCUUCUUCUUCUUCUUCUUUCUUUUAUUCCUUCUCCUUUUCCUGUUCCUCCAACAAUUACAUUUUAUCCUCCUUCUUUUCCUCCUCCUCCUCUUAUUCUUCUUUUAUUCCUUAUCCUUUCCCUUUUCCUGUUCCUCCAACCAUUACUUUUUAUCCUCCUCCUCUUCUUCUUCUUCUUUCUUUUAUUCCUUCUUUUUUCCCUUUUCCUGUUCCUCCAAUCAUUACAGUUUUAUCCUCCUCCUCUUCAUCCUCCUCCUCCUCCUCCUCCUCUUCUUCUCCUUCUUCUUGUUUUCUUCUUCUUCUUUCUUUUAUUCCUUCUCCUUUCCUUUUUCCUGUUCCUCUAACCAUUACAGUGUUAUCCUCCUCCUCUUCAUCCUCCACCUCCUCCUCCUUUUCUUCUUCUUCCUCUUCUUCUUUUUCUUUCUUUUAUUCCUUCUCCUUUUCCUGUUCCUCCAACCAAUACAGUUUUAUCCCCUUCUCUUCCUCCUCCUCCUUCUCUUCUUCUUCUUCUUCUUCAUUCGAUCGCCUUCUGGUUAG